GAGGAAGGAAUCAAACUCCCAAGAUGGCGGCGGCGUCUGAGGAGCGGAUGGCCGAGGAAGGAGGCGGCGGCCACGGCGACGGCGGCUCCUGUUCGGCCGCCGGCUCCGCUCAGCGACAGCCCCCGGCGCCCCCGUCGCAGGCCCCGCCGCCGGGGUCCCAGGCCCCCGCCGCGCCCGCGCUGGCACCGGACCAUCUGCCCCAAAACAACACACUGGUGGCGCUGCCCAUCGUAGCCAUCGAGAACAUCCUCAGCUUUAUGUCCUACGACGAAAUUAGCCAGCUCCGCCUGGUUUGUAAAAGAAUGGACUUGGUCUGUCAGAGAAUGUUGAAUCAGGGGUUUCUGAAAGUGGAGAGGUUCCAUAACCUAUGUCAGAAGCAAGUUAAAGCACAGUUACCGAGGAGAGAGUCAGAAAGGAGAAACCAUUCUUUAGCUCGUCAUGCAGACAUCCUUGCCGCUGUGGAAACGAGGCUGUCACUGUUGAAUAUGACCUUCAUGAAGUAUGUGGAUUCCAACCUCUGUUGCUUCAUCCCAGGAAAGGUGAUUGAUGAGAUUUACCGUGUACUGAGAUAUGUCAAUUCUACCAGAGCCCCUCAGCGAGCUCAUGAGGUGCUGCAGGAGUUACGGGAUAUCUCUUCCAUGGCAAUGGAGUACUUCGAUGAGAAGAUUGUUCCAAUUUUGAAGAGGAAAUUGCCAGGAUCCGAUGUGUCGGGACGACUCAUGGGCUCUCCUCCAGUUCCCGGACCAUCUGCAGCCCUGACAACAAUGCAGCUCUUCUCCAAGCAAAACCCGUCCAGACAAGAGGUUACUAAACUGCAACAGCAGGUCAGAACCAACGGUGCUGGCGUGACUGUCCUCAGGCGUGAGAUCUCUGAGCUUCGCACCAAAGUGCAAGAGCAGCAGAAACAGCUUCAAGACCAAGACCAGAAACUGCUCGAGCAGACCCAGAUCAUAGGUGAACAGAACGCACGGCUGGCAGAGCUGGAACGCAAGCUCCGGGAAGUCAUGGAAAGUGCAGUAGGAACCUCCUCAGGGUCUGGGCAGAGUGAGGAGUCCCCUCGGAAACGAAGGAAGGCAACAGAAGCCAUAGACUCUCUUAGGAAAUCCAAACGACUUCGGAAUAGAAAGUAGAUUGGAAUAUGGCUCUAGCUCCAGAGGAUGACAUCCAUGGCUGAGAGUUUAAGCAGUUACUCCUGUCAGGAUAUCGGAGCAACAUGGUGUCCUUAGGCUUCCAGGCGAUCAGACACAACUUACACUUGGCUCUUGUGGUUGGCAUCCUUUGCGCUUCUCUGGAGGAGCUGGUGCACAGACCCUUCUUACCUGCAAUAGAUUUGUACUGACCAUGCCCAUUCUGUCAUGUUUGGGGGCUAACCUUGUUCCUGUGCAGGUGAUGUGUUAAGUUUAUUUGUUUCUGCAUAUAUGCACAUUACAUACGGAUUUUAAACAAACCCAUUCUUGACAGACUAAAAGUUAAGUUUAAUACAUAAAAUGUCCUGUUCACUUGAAAGAAAAAAAUCUACUUUUUAAAUGGACACUAUCUUUUUUUUUUUUUUUUAAGUUGACUUUUUGUUAUAAGUGACCUUUGUCUGGAAUGUCUGAGACACGGUUAGUACUUUGGUAUUGAAGUGAUGGGUGACAGAAGGACUGAGAGUGUUGGCUGUAGAGGGGGCUCUACAGUAGCGACUAUUUUUAUAAACUACUGGCAAGGGGUAUCUCCAGGUGUUAGGUACAUGCUUUCAGUUUUCUUUGGGGCCGUGUCCUCCAUUUGCAUGGAUGGAUGCAUGCAUUGCCUAGGCAGCGCACUUCACACCACUCCUGCACUGGUGUUGAUCUUAAACCUCUAGACGUCUCCACAUAUUAGAGCUGCACCGACAUUGAUUUAAGCACUCAGCAGCUUGUCUGUAGGGGGGAGAAUUGUCGUCCAUUUGUCCUCCAGUUUUACAGGCACAAGAGACUGUUAGAGCCCUCUGAUGUAUCUCUUCUCUGUAGGGUUCAGGUACACUGGCUAAGACAGAACCUCCAACCCAAGGCUCUUUCUGUAGACAUCAGACCUCUGAUCUGACUCAGCUCUGUGCUCCUGGGUCAACCAUGAUUUAGUAGGGACCCAACUGAGGGAAAGUUCAUUCAAGAAAAUUGUACCAUGAGAAAACAUUUCAUUUCUGGGGCAUGACCUGAGGGAAGCUUUUUCAUACCACUUUCAAGCUCUCAAAUAACUCUGAACAGAAGCUUUAGUCUGGUUUGCACUCCUGUUUUGAGCUUGUAACUGGAAAAGCGUGUCUUGCACUGUCAGCCUCCUGAGUGGUCACUUUAACAACCUCCAAAUUGUAUAAAAUGGUUCUUUCUCCCGGUUGUAUAUUUUUGAAACAUUCAACUAUCACUGUCGUACUUUUAUUUUAAUUAUGUACUAAAUUAUGUAGUUUUGUUCUUUUAAACAUCUGUUGCUUUGGACUUUGUUUAUUUAUAGUAAAUGUAGGAGUAAGAUGUCCCUUUCCAGGUGAAAGUUGACACCUGUGUUAACCUAAGGUUUUGGUAAACCCCACAGUGGGAGAAAAGCACAAGGUUGUUAUCCGUCCAACGUGACAUGUUAUGCAUCCUUUAGGUUACUUUUACCAAGUGACACUCUCCUAUGCAUUCUUAGUGUUGUCCCUUCAUGAUCUGCCCUUGGGUUCUGUUAAAGUCUCUUUGAAACUUUGAAAGUCCAUCUACAAUGUAGUGUGUCUUCAGUGAGAAACCAUAACAUGGUAUCCAAGUGUUUCAUGAUUUGUUGGGAAGGUAAUUUUAAAAUAAACAGUUUCCUUAAAAGAUUUGUCAGCAAGGUCAUCCGUAAAGGUCCCUGUCUGGAUCUUCUUUUCUCAGCAAAUCUCACUUUUGCAAUCCUAGAAUGUAGCCAUAUCACCGUAGCCUUGGAGGAGGCCCACUGAGCGCUUAGCUUGGCUUUGCCAGUCUGCUCUUCUGGAAGAGAAAGGCUAUGAAGCAGCAGCAGGUUUCCAAAGUAUAAUCCUUAUGCAUCAAAGAAAAUAAGCCUCAAAUUAUUUCUUCAAUAAUUGUUAAAAAUUUCUCAAACUACAUCCAACUAGCCUAAGUGUAGCCUCUAGUCUUCCACGAGCUAGUCUGAGAAUGUGGCUUUUAUGAGCACUUACACGGUAAGCAGGUACAGUGCGAGCCUGUGAUCUCCAGACCAUCAGAUGGAGCUGUACUGUUUCAUAACUAUAACCUUGAGAAUAUAGCUCUACGAUUCGCUUGCCUUAAACUUCCCUCAGAGUAGCUGACACACUAGGAGGUUGUCUUUGCCAUUUAUUAAGACAGCUGUUGGGCUAUAAUCCUCACCAUAGUGGUAUUUGGAGUCUCCAAAUCAUGCACUAUUUUAAUAGCUAAAACUGGCUUGCCCUGGGAAAACUUAACCAGCCUCCUGGGAGAGACCGCUUGCAUUUCCUGGCAGGAUCUUCCUCUGUUUGCAUGAACCAUUCCCAUGCAUAAGUUUAUCCACAGUCCACACUACAGACAGGCAUACACACAUGAAAAGAAUGGAUGGGAGGUGAGAACAGGCCCUGUCCAGCCGAGCCCUGCUCUGCUCCCCCAGACACUUUGCUCACAUGGUUUCCACCCAUCAUGGGUUACAGGAGCUAUCCUAACUCCCCUUCUGAUGUAGAGAGAGCCUGGAGUUAAGGGGCAUUAACAGUACUCCUGUUGUGAAGACUGGGUGCCCUGUGUCGGAAGCCACUGGUCCAAGUCAACAUUUUUUGGUAAAACAUGAUUUUUGGAGUACUGAACUCACAGGGCUUGCCUUAAUUCAGUAGUUUCAAGAUGUAUGCGCUAUAUUCUAUGUGUUAAAAUGGUAAAAUAUUCUAUGUAGCCCCAAGAGUGGGUAAUACAGAGUUUAAUGCCUAAAUAAAUAAGCUAAAAGGUGUCACAACAGCUGGAUUUUUUAGAGAAAAUGGACAUAUAAAAAAUAGGCUAUGCGUCAUGAACAAAAACUAUGGCACCUUCGGAUUGCACUACUUCAUGCACUGUUUUAUAUGCCAUUUCAUAGCCUGCACUUUAACCUCCAAAGAAAUGCUGUGUGGUGCCUGUGCCCUGUUAGUGAGCUCAUCCCGGAGUCAGCACUUUUACUUCACUAUGCUAAGUUAGUCUCCUAGAGCUGGCAUUCUUAUUUGGGUUCUCUGCUUCCUUAGCCAUAAUACUUUCUAGGAUCUGAGAACUCCUGUCUUGUCUAUUUCCAACAGUGUCAAAUUCUAAUUUAUUGUAGAUUCAUCACAGUCAUAGAUCCUCUUCUAGUGUGAAUACUUGUCCAUUGCCUGUACCAAACCCUCAGAAAGCAGACACUGUAAGAUCUGAAGGUGGGAAUAAAAGGCCUGAAAGGGGAACACACAAAGCGAUGCCCCUGCUGGAGAAUGGCCGAGUCUAACAGGAGGCUGAGCUUACCGCUGAAUGCUUUGGCUUGGGAUCUGCACGAGAUCCUUCAGGGCAGAAGAGGUUCCGUUAUAACUACGUAAAUAUAGAGCCUGUACUCGGGAAAUUAUCUUCAACAAAAUGCUAAGUCCACAAAAGCCAGUGACUGCUGCUGGUGCAGGGUGGCCACUUCCUGCUCUCACUUUGAGCAGCCAUCCUUCACUCAGAUUGAAACUAAGGCACACUUCAGUGAGGUUGGUCUUUCACAAUUUCCCAAUAAUCCUUGUUAAAUUUUUAAAGCUCAAGCAUUAAAUUCACCUUCUUCCCAUUGUGUCUGAAGAUAGCCACAAGCUUUAGAAGCCUAGGAAUCUGAUCAGGCUAUUGCCAAAGUCUAGUAGUUCGUGCUGCCAAAAGGUUAGACUUGUUUAAAAACUCCUUUAUGUGGUACCAUUGUCUGUUUACUUAUGCUCAUGAGCAACAAUAAACCACUAGUUUACCUUC